UGUUUUUGCACAUCGCACACUGAGAUUUCGGUGACCACUGACCGAACCAAUUUAUAAAUUACCGUAUAGAAAUUCGUCUAUUAAAAUUUUGUAAAUCGGCUGACGUAAAAUGCCAACCAAAAUCGCUUUUUCGUAGUUGAAGCAGAACAUCGCACAAACGGUGAUGGUGAAAAUGGCAUUACGCACCAGUCGAACAAUACAGAACCGGAGCGCGCGCAACAGCGCGGGCCGUCUCAAUCACGCCGUCGAUGCCGGACCCUUAUCCGCCGUACAUCCAAACUUAGUCGAUCGCGAUGACGAAGAUUCUCAUGCGACGCUGAGUUCCGACUCGGACAGCUCCUCCGACUCCGAUGGCGAGUCGACGCGGUUGUCGGGACUCGCGGCGAGCUUCCGAGUCGUGUCGGAGUCGAUUCAGAGAAUGGAGCAAGCGGAGCUGGAGAUGGCCAAGGCAAGGGAGGCUCUGCGGCUGAAGGCGGAGAAGCAGCGGGUCGAGCUGGAGACCGAGUUGACACAGAUGCUGCUGCAGACUCAGUUGCAGAUCGCGUCGUUGGUUUCUCAGCGGCAGAGUCGUCCGAGUCGUAAAAGGAAGCGAGUCGAAGAAGACGAGCCGUCGUCGGAAGGGGCUUUCGGCUUGAGCCUCCUUCAAUGCAAUUUACUAUUUUAGUCAUUUCAUUGGUGCCAAUACGACCCUCGAACUGCAGAGGGCUGGCAAUUAUAGUCCGAGGAUGGAGUAGACGGAGUUGGAGAUUGCCAAGGCGAGGGAGGCGUCGUGGUUAAAAGCAAAGAAGCAACGGGUUGAGCCGGAGCGCGAGUUGCCUAAGUUUCGAUUGAAUAUUGCAAGCGACUUGAACAAGAUAAGUCAUCCUUCAUGUCUUACGGCCAGGCCGAGUUCUUUGCAUUGGUUCAGUCAGUGACUUGGGGGAUCAAAUUUUGUAGAUGAAAUUUACUAUUUUAGUCAUUACAUUGGUUAUAUGCUAA